AUGUCAGCAGAUCAUGUUGAAUGUGAAAGACAUAAUGUGCAUCCAAGUCGUACAGUCGACAAAACCCACAUAGCUGCAGCCAUUGACUCCGAACUUCGGGACGAAGAUGGCGAUCCGAUACCUCAAAAACAACAGCGCGCUCCCCAGGCAUGCAAGGCAGUGCCAAAGCGCAAGAGAAACGAUGCUUGCGACGAGGAAUCGGACCCAGACGAUGGUGACUUCGCCGCGUCGGGCGAAGGCUCUGAAGACUCUACAAGUGACGACGAACCGGUCAUUAUCAGCAAUGUAGAGGUGGCAGAUAUGCUGCGCUCCAAGACGAUCCCAGAGGCCAGUGGGCGUAAAUUACGCAUGAAGGCAAAAGGCAAGCAAGCUGCAUCACGCCCUUCGAAGAAAAAGGCGAGACAUGCCCCUGUCGAGAUAGAGGAAGUCGAGGAUGAGGACAGUGCAAGGAAUAUUGCAGCGAGGAAGGCGCCUGUCACCGAAGCAGCAGUGGGUCAUCAAGGCAAGUGCAAGACGGGCAAGGGCAUAAAAAAAAACCCAAUCUAUUGGUUUUUCGAAGUUGUUUCCAGCAACGCAGAAGGUUCGGUGGGAAACCCAGGGGAUAAGCAUUACCGGUGCUACCACGGUUCACACAAGAUCAUCACGAUCACAAAGGGUAUGAACAGUAAUCUAAAUUGUCUUAUCAACCACCUUCAUGUUCAUGUUAAGCCAAUGUACAAUCUCUGGGAGAUACUCAAGGGUCGGGAUGAGCCCCCAACGUCUGAGGAAGUCAAUAUUGCAUGCAGAAAAACACAAUUGGAUGGUAAGACUGAGGCGGAAUAUCUCAAGAAACUUCAAGAUAAAUCAGGGAAUAUCAAGAAAGCCUUUGAAGAUCAGAAGGCACGUGCAGUGGGUCUGUGGGAUCAAGAUAAAUUUGAACGGCUCCUCACCAAGUGGGUUGUUGCAUGCGACCAGCCGUUUGAUAAGGUAGAAAAGCCCGAGUUUAUUAAUUUAAUGGAGUAG